AUGGUAAUAUGUUUACUUAGCCUACUCCUACUACUCCUACUACCUCUCCUCUCCUCUUCCUCUUCUCUCAAACUAACACCUAUCUUAAGUGAACACGCACUUUGUAACGACCACACACAAGCUAAAUACUACAUCGACAAAAAGGAGCCGGGCUCCUCAAAAUGGAUCAUAUAUCUGGAGAGUGGUGGAGGGUGUUCCACCAAGGAGCGGUGUAAGGAGCGGUACAGCUCCUCUACUAUCCUCAUGUCUUCAAAGUGGCUGGAUGACUAUGUUGAGAUAGACGGUCUGGAUAUUUUGUCAUCAGAUGACGAGAACCCUUUCAGUGACUAUAAUCAUGUGUAUUUGCCGUAUUGUAGCAGUGAUAUGUAUGUAGGAAUGAACGAGAAACCUGGUUCAAGUUUUGAUAAAGAAGAUGGAAACUUCGUAUUUGCUGGUUACCACAUUGUACAAGGUCUCAUGGCGGAUCUGAAAAACAUUCCAGAAGCUCAGUUCGAGGAUAUAGUCCUUGCUGGUUCGAGUGCGGGUGGUAUUGGAGUUAUUAACCAUAUCAGGCUAACUAAGGGACUGUUCCUCCCCACUUUCAGUGAUGUUCGUGUUCGGGGGGUUGUUGACUCCUCCUGGUUUAUUAAUUUCGAAGACAAUUUCCUACUUUUCUGGGACUCUACCAGUGCAGAUGAGCUUACAGGGUACAAGAGUUUCCCUAACAUGGUUUCUGAUGAGGAUACUAGAAAGCAGUGCUCUCUUGAGUAUGGGGGAAUGCCCUGCUGUUUUCAAGCAGACUGCAUGGAACAUCACAUGGCUUUUACAGAUUUAGAGCUAUUGUUCAUACAAAGCAAAAACGACAUUUAUCUUCUUCAAAGUUCUUUGAUAAGGUCCCUGCAGUCAAGAUCCCUCCAAAAGAAAGGAUUUGACGCUAUAGCUCUGUCCCACGUAGCUGAUAUAGCGUCAAGUUACAGUGGCGCUAUGAUACUAUCUGUCAACUCUACCAAGAACACUAAAUUAUCAUACUACCUGACUUCCUGCUUACAGCACGUUUACCUAGCUCCCUCUUCUUUCUGGUCUAAAGGUCAGCCCCUCAACCAGCUGGACGAGAAGGGGUUUGCGGAGAUCUACCAGGCUCUUAAAGACCUCGACCUCGAGACCUUUCCUAUCAAGUUUAAUCAGUUGAUCAGACCUAAAACGAUGUAUAGUGUCAAAGUUGGUCCUCCCGAAUAUCCAGAGAAAACACUAUCGGAUGUUAUAUCAGAGUGGGCUGCUGACUCCUCGGAGAUGAUCUACGUGCAGGAUGGUUGUGUGGGUAUAGACUGUAAUCCUACCUGUCCUGAUAAACUUGAGUUUGUUUACACUACCAACUCCUGGUCCGACACUGCAAAUAUAACUGUCAUGUCCAUAUUAGGUUCCAUAACACUGGUAUGUCUGAUAAUGAAGCUAGUAAUGAUGGUCCUGCUAUCCUGGCUCCAGAUCCAGCAGAGGGAUUACAACCUGGGUGUUGUGGCCACAGAGAGUUUUAUACCCGCUCUGGGUCCAUCUGAUAUGAUGAGUGUUUCGUGCGUUGAUCUUAGUCACUCCAUCACGUACGUUAUCGACAAAGAUGAGGGUGAGGGAGGUACAGGGUUCAAGAAACUGGAAAAUGAUGUCGAGGGUAACGGACCUCUCCUGGGAAACGGGAAAGUAAAAUUAUCGAACAAGCCCUCCAAACUCUCAGUUAUCUCUACACAUCUCAAUAAAAAGACAAGUAAGAAGCAGAUCCUGGACAAGGUGUCCGUGUACUUUAACCCUUCCUCUUUUGUGGGUAUUAUGGGUCCGAGUGGGUGUGGCAAGACCACAUUCCUGGAUGUGGUAACUGGACGGAGAGAGAUCAGCAGUCAUCAGCAGGCAAAGAUUCUGAUAGACGGACAGGAUUUUGAUGGGAUGAAGGAGGAGUUCACUAAAAUGUUGGCGUAUGUGCUGCAGCUGGAGAGACCGUAUCAUGAGGCACUGACCGUCAGGGAGAAUCUCACUUUCGAGGCACUGAUGAGACUUCCCAAAGACUGCCCUCUCAGUACUGUGUUUAACAGGGUCGAGACUGUUCUUCAAGAGUGUGGAUUAGAUAAGAUAGCUGAUGCAGUAGUUGGUGGAGAUGCUGGGGGAGGUAUCAGCGGUGGCCAGAAGCGGAAGCUAUGUGUAGCACUCCAGUUGAUAGACUACCCCAGUAUCAUCUUUUUAGACGAACCAACAUCAGGUCUAGACUCUACAAGUUCGUAUGAGCUGAUGGCGAUGUUGUCCAAACUGCAAGUCAGCAAAAGGUGUAUAGUGCUGACUAUACAUCAGCCCAGACAAGAGAUAUUUCACUUGUUUACUCACAUUCUACUUCUCGUCGGCGGACAGGUUGCAUUUUACGGCUCACCCCUGAAAGCUUACGGUGUCCUGGAAACAGCUCUGAAGAAGAACAAUGUGGAAAUCAAAGAUUUUGUGGGGGACGCUGACAUCAAAAAUGAAGCUGAUUUACUGAUGGACAUGCUCAAUAACGAGAAUGCACAAAAGAUAAUGAUAGAUUACUACAAAGAGACAGAGCUGGAGAACGUUAAGGAAAUAAUCGCUAAGACAAAACUUUUACAACCGUUCAACAAGGAUACGAUCACAUCUAGAAAGAAAAUGCAGCAGGCUGGUGGGUUUAUGAGGACAGUGCUGGCGCUGGAAAGUAGAAUAAUGUUACAGCAAACCCUCUUUCAGAUCCUCUACCUUCCUCUUAUCUUCCUUUUUGUACCCCUCGUUCUUGGAUACGUUUACUACAAAGCAGCACAGUCUAUCCUGAUUAUCUCAGUGUAUUGCGUGGUCACGUGCAUGGGGCCCCUGUUCAUGACCUCUAUCAUUAUGAACCUUAUAAACGACACUCUGAGGGUAUUCCUUAUGCAGUAUAAAGAUGGUAUUGGCUGUUUGUACCACGUUGUUUUCAUGGUACUGAGAAUUGUGAAGCGUUGCUUCUAA